AUGAAUUAUUUAAGCAAGUAUGAAAGCAAUUUAUUAACAGAAUGGUUAAGUGAAAUGCUAAAAAACGAAGGAAAAUAUUUAGAACCAAUACUAGAUACAAGAUCAACAAUUUUAAUAAAAGAUAUUUGUAACAUGCUAAAACAGGACAUUCACGUUUUCGGUUUUGCUGUAGACACUAUAGAGGAAUACAUUGCACGAAAAUCUUCAAGAGGCGAAGAAAUAGAUGAUCCUGCUCUCACGUUAGUGUCCACAAUUUUUAUUUGUAGCAAAUACUUGGGGGAUCAAGAUUUAAAAAUUCCAUCUUUAGGAAAUAUAUUGAAAAAAGUAACCGGCCAUGUUUAUGAACCUAAAUUGAUUAGAUUAAAAGAAAUGGAAAUACUAACGGUUUUAAAUCAUAGUCUACCAAUUAAUAACAACGUAGAGGAUUUAAAAGCUUUCGUUACAAAAUUUGAAAAAGAAAGUCGCAUUAAAGUAUCAAUAUUGCCUAUCUGUAUAGAAAUUCUUGAACUGAUGUAUUUAACUAGAAAAGAAUGGUUUUACUCUUUAAAAAAGUUAUAUAUCAUUAGUAAUGAGGCAAUGAAGGUAUUUAAGAAACUUAUUACAAGCAGAUUUUACUUACCUAUAGGUAUUUUGAUCUACGUUUUCAAAAACACUUCUUAUUCUAAUACUUUAGAUGUUGAUAGCAUACUAGAAGAUUUAGCAAAUGGUUCAAAAAUCCAUAGUGACCAUUUAAACGCCUUGGUGUCAAAGAUUAAUGAAAUUAUGAAUAAUUUAUAA